AUGUCGCCAUCUUCUAGUGUGCAACACUCACCCCCUGUUGAUCUCAGACGUAUGACGUCCAAUUCGACACUGCUUAACCCCCAAAAAGAUUCAACUAGGGAGCACAGACUCUCAACUCAUCUUUCUCAGCACUUGAAUACAAGGAUGGGCUCUCGCUCACCCUCUUCAAUUCCUUCAUCGCCAACAUCUGCCCACUCAUCGUCAUCCGCAAUUUUCGAGCGUGAUAUUGAGCCCAUGCACCCACCAUCUCCCCCUUCUCACCCGAAUCCCCAUCGCAUCGCACGCGCAAAAGGCACCGAGCAACUCGAGCACAGUGUACCUUCUGUGCUCGACAGUGCCGCUUCGAUUCUCACAGCCUCUUCUCCCAUGGAGGAAGAUCACAUUUCCGUCGUUAGUCCUUCGCGAGAUCGUGAUCGUCUCACUACUAGCGGUUUUGCUAGCCCAAUCGGUAGCUUGAGAAGCAGGAGCCCAAGUCCAACAGGAAGGACGAGCUUGUUACUGAGCAUCCCGACUCAGCAGGGGCCCAUCACCCCCCUAAAUAUUUCUGCGUCGGGUGUGGGAGCGGGCAGUCCACAGCGGCUGAGCAUCCAGACCAGCCCACUCGCUUUCCCCUCAAAACAGGGUACGAGUAGCAAGGCCUCUUCCCCACCUUCUAUCAACACGCCUGCAUCUGUAUAUUACUCGACGCUUUCAUCAGUUGAACCGUCACCUACGACCACAACUAUGGAGCAUCCCCCUACCGUACUCCCUCCUAAUGCCAUCUCAACACUCUCACCUUCAUCAACCUACACAUCUUCACCUUAUUCGCGUCCCAUCACUAUCUCCCACCCCCCGUCCCCGACGCACGGCCCCACUAAGCGUCUCUCGUUUAUGAGUUACGCUGAUCUGCUCGCAUCGACACCCGCAUCAAUGGUUCCGCUGUCAUCAUUCACCAGUUGUGCAACUCCCGACCCGCCGCCUCACAUUCCAGGUGUCGAAGGGUACGCGCUCAACCAGCACGAUGCUGCCAGUCUAAGCGGUCGUGAUCGCGACAGCAUCGCCUUGCUCGAUGACGUCGGUGGCGAGUGGGAGCGCGAGGGUCUCGGACGAGGCCUCGAAGAAAGAUUGGAGGCCUUGAUGAUCGUCCCUAGCAGAGCAUAA